AUGUCUGUAAUGGUGGUUGUAGCCAUCUUGGCUUUGAUCUUUGUCUUUGCGAAUUGCACCCCGCUUGCAGCAACAUGGAAUCCUGCAUUUAGAAAGUGGCUUGAUUCCUCUAAGUGGAAGAUCCGUAUGAGGGUCAUAUCUAUACCGUACAAGACGGGUAAUCGGCUUGUGGAAAGCGGUAUCGGGAUCGUGUCAAAAGAAGAUCAGCUUGCAGACUGUCAGCUAUAUCGUCUCUGCGAUUCAGAUGUUGACGGACUGGACGUGUGCUAUUAUCCAUUCUUCAUCGUGGCAGGACUUCAACUUUCUCGCCGUAAGAAGGUGUCUGUCAUAGCCAUUCUCGGCCUCGGAAUCUUUGCUAGUAUUGCUACUUGCAUCCGCAUGCCCUACCUCAAGUACUACGACGCUGCCAAAUAUCUUACUGAGAUUGUCUACCACCUUGGAGUCAUCAGCAUUACUUCCAACCUUGAAUGUAGUUUGGGGAUCAUUGGGUCGUCUCUACCCCCUCUCCAAAAACUGUUCAAGUUUUACUAUGGCUCAUCUCACGAUGGGAACUAUAAGAUCACCGGCGAGUGAAAACGCCCUCGGCAGUGUUGGCCCAGGUAUCAAGCUUGGCUCGCUCAGCGGCAACGACAGAACAUAUCAUGCCUCAGCCAAACGGGGUACCUCACGUUCAGGUGCCAGGGAACAUGAGACCGACGACGACGACUCUUCGAGUCGAAAAGGGAUCAUACGAAAGACUGAUGUCCAUGUCAGCACAUCCACAUUCCAUGUAUAGCGUAAUGAAGCGUCAAUUGCUCGCACACACCGACAUGUGUGUGGAAGUCAAUUCGCAUGUAAUUUUAAAGAAAGAAAAAAAACUAGCAUUCGAGCCUUUGAGCAUUUUAACAUGUCUUCAAGUCUCUACAUUUGCC